UCCUUCUUAAAUCACUUCACAAUCAGCCUUUAGCCCUCGCACUUUCUCAGGUACCAAAAAGAAAAGCAGAAAUGGCGAAAUCUGUGAGCCAAGAUGCGAUUUCAACGAUUUUGGCUAACCCAUCUCCCGAUUCUUCUUCAUAUAUCCCUGAAAUCGUCGUUCAGGUCUUGGAUCUUAAGCUCACUGGCAACCGUUACACGUUUAAUGCAAGUGAUGGGAAGAUGAAGCUGAGAGCGAUUUUUCCAUCAAACAUGUCAUCUGAAAUCAUUACAGGCAGUGUCCAGAACAAGGGUCUUGUCAGGAUUCUUGAUUAUACCCUCAAUGAUAUCCCCAACAAAUCUGAAAAGUAUUUGAUUGUAACAAAAUGCGAGGUAGUAUCUCCUGCACUUGAGACAGAAAUUAAAGCUGAAGUCGAAACUGAGGAACAUGACACUGUUUUAAAGAAGCCAAAGCUUGAAUAUGAAGCUAGAUAUGAGGCUAAAGCUGACGUGUCUGGUAUUAUUUUGAAGCCAAAGCAGGAAAUUGUUUCAAAGUCUGCGGCUCAAAUAGUACAUGAGCAACGAACAAACAUGGCUCCAUCAUCACGGAUGGCAAUGACAAGAAGAGUGCAUCCUCUUGUUUCAUUGAAUCCUUACCAGGGCAAUUGGAUGAUUAAAGUUCGUCUCACAAGCAAGGGAAACAUGCGUACCUAUAAGAAUGCUAGAGGAGAAGGUUGUGUUUUCAAUGUGGAGUUAACAGAUGAAGAUGGUACACAAAUACAAGCCACAAUGUUUAAUGAAGCUGCUAGGAAGUUCUAUGAGAAGUUUCAACUGGGGAAGGUCUAUUACAUAUCAAGAGGAACACUAAAAGUUGCAAAUAAGCAGUUUAAGACUGUUCAAAAUGAUUAUGAAAUGACUUUGAAUGAGAAUUCCGUGGUGGAAGAGGCUUCUAAUGAAGAAACGUUUAUUCCUGAAACUAAAUUCAACUUUGUCCCUAUUGAUCAAUUAGGCCCUUAUGUUAAUGGACGGGAGCUUGUUGAUAUUAUUGGAGUUGUUCAAAGUGUCAACCCUGUAUCAAAUAUUAAAAGGAGGAUUGACAAUGAGAAUAUUCCAAAGAGGGAUCUGAUUGUUGCAGAUGAAACGAAGAAGACAGUAGUCGUUUCUUUGUGGAAUGAGCUUGCAAAUAAUGUUGGCCAGGAAUUGUUUGACAAUGCUGAUAAAUCUCCUAUAGUAGCAAUUAAAUCACUCAAAGUCGGUGAUUUUCAAGGUGUAUCUUUGUCAACAUUGGGCAAAAGUAGUGUGAUGAUUAAUCCAGAUAUACCUGAAGCAAAGAAGUUGAGAUCUUGGUAUGAUUCGGAAGGGAAAGGGAGUUCCAUGGCCUCCAUCGGCUUAGGUUUGAGUCCUUCAUCCAAGACUGGGGCAAGAUCUAUGUAUACUGAUAGGGUUUCCCUUAUGCAUAUCACUAGUAACCCAUCUUUGGGUGAUGAAAAGCCUGCAUUUUUCAGCAUUAAAGCAUUUGUCAGCUUGAUCAGGCCUGAGCAAGCAAUGUGGUACCGUGCUUGCAAAACAUGCAACAAGAAAGUAACUGAAGCUGUUGGAUCUGGCUAUUGGUGUGAGGGAUGCCAGAAAAAUGAUGAAGAGUGUAAUUUAAGAUACAUAAUGGUCUCAAAGAUCUCUGAUACAAGAGGUGAAGCCUGGGUUUCAGCCUUUAAUGAAGAAGCAGAGAAAAUUGUUGGAUGCUCAGCUGAUGAACUUGAUAAACUCAAGUCAGAGCAAGGGGAUAUUGAUGGAUACCAACAAAAGUUGAAGGAAGCAACUUGGGUUCCUCAUCUUUUCAAGGUCAGUGUUACUCAAAAUGAGUAUAACAAUGAGAAGCGGCAAAGGAUAACAGUAAAGGCUGUCGCUCCAAUCAACUUUGCUGAAGAAUCCAGAUUUCUGCUUGAAGAGAUCAAGAAGAUGAGAAAUCCUCAGUAGGUUGUUUUAGUUUUGGGUUGUAAAUGAUGGGAUUCAGUAGACUUACUAUGUAGUUUAGAUCUAUGUUUAUGGCUUUAUGAUUCAGGAAAACCAGUUAUAAGUUUCCUUUUUGUACUAUUGUGUUCCUGAGUCUAAAAUCUUUCAUUGUUUUGGUAUUUUCUUGAUUCUUCUGAAAGUUAUGUUACAAGCAAAAAUCCAUUUUAUUUUGGUUUUUUAGAA